AUGGACUCGCUGGACAGAAACUCUUCCCCGGCAUCGGGUCUACCCUUGGCUUUUCAUGGCACGGUGAUUCAUUCCCGUUCCCUCGGUGAGCUCGAGAUUCUGGAGAACUGCUUCGUUCUGGUGGAUAAGGCUGGCAAGAUUCAAGCACUGCAGCCGGACGUGGAAUCAAGCCAGAUCAAUGCCAUCGUGGCCGACAACGGAUACGCUCCGGAUGUCUUCCCCGUCAAGCACCUCCGGCGUGGCGAAUUCCUGUGUCCCGGAUUUGUUGAUACCCACAACCAUGCACCUCAAUGGACCCAACGCGGGGUUGGGCGCGGGCAGACGUUGCUAGACUGGUUGAACAACGUCACGUUUGCACACGAGUCCAAGUUCGCCGAUCCGGAAUAUGCCAAGCGCAUCUACUCUUCCUGUGUGACGGGCUUUCUCCAGCAGGGGAUCACUACGGCAUCGUAUUACGGAUCUCACCAUGGCGGGGCGAGUCGUAUCCUAGCCGACAUCUGCUUCGAGAAAGGCCAGCGCGCCCUCGUCGGCAAGUGCAAUAUGAAUCGAAACGCUCCCGACUGGUACCGAGACUCGUCGAUUACCGACUCGCUCCGCGAAACGCGUGACUUGAUCCACCAUAUCGGGGAACUUGACCCGGAGAAUCGACUGGUGAAGCCGGUCCUGACUCCGCGCUUUGCCAUCUCGUGCGACCCAGAUCUUCUAUCGGGUCUGGGCGAUAUCGCCCGGGAACAUCCGCAUAUACCCAUCCAAACCCAUUUUAACGAGGCAAAGCAGGAAAUCCAGUUCACCCGUCAGUUGUUUCCCGACUUCCGCACGGAAGCCGACCUGUACAAGAAAUUCGACUUGUUGAACGACCGGUCUAUUCUCGCCCAUUGUAUCUUCUUGGAGGAGGAGGAGAUGGCUGCCCUCAAGGAGCUUGGCUGUGGUGUCUCCCACUGUCCGAUCUCAAAUACCACUAUGCAGGAGUUCAUGGUUGCACCGAUACGCGAGUACUUGCGACGCGGCAUCAAAGUUGGACUGGGCACCGACAGUGGCGGUGGACAUUCAUCUUCCAUGUUGGAAAUCAUGAAGCAGGCAUUUGUGGUCUCAAAUGCCAGGCAGAUGCUCACCCAGGGCCAGGACCCUGCUUUGUCCCUGUCGGAAGGGUUUUUCCUGGCUACAUUAGGGGGCGCCCAAGUCUGUGGACUUGACGAAAGAAUUGGGAAUUUCGUUGUGGGCAAGGAAUUCGAUGCGCUCGAGAUUCACACGCUCGAUUUAAAAUAUCCGGGAGUGAUGACGCCCGUUGAAGAGGAAGACUCGAUUUCGGUUAUCUUCGAGAAGUUCCUCAUGACCGGUGACGAUCGCAACAUUUCUAAGGUAUAUGUACGCGGUCGAUCAGUCAAGGUCUGA